AUCUCUGUACCAGUAUGGCAAGAGGGGUGCUCUAUUUGGAUGCGUGUACUCACAUUACUAAGGGGGUGAAGGGACGAAUGUACGGAUUUGAACUUCACAUUCAAGACAAACUAUAUUGCUUGGUUGCUGACAGUCAAUCGGAGAUGGACGCGUGGAUUUCAACCCUGUGCAAAGUCACUGGAAUAGAUAUGGACACGAGCGGUAAAUCCUCCGGUUUCAACUUCACUGGGAAGUUUAAAGCACCGAAACUGCAUCAGUCUCUGAGAGAAAGUCUUAAGAGUAGCAAACAUCCAGAACUUCUUGAAUUUGCAAAGGAAACAGAAGUUUUGAACAUGAAGCGAAGGAAGGAUGGACGGAAGAAACUUUUUUCGCUAGUACACGACCUGGACAAUAACGGCACGUGCGUGAAUUACGACGACGCACGAAUAGAUGCAGACGUUUUCCAGCAACACUUUGGAAUGCGUUUAGUGUUGGAAUGCGAGGAACUGAAGUUUCGUCUGUUGAGAACUUUGCACGAUGGCAGUGAGGCAAACAUUGAGCCGUUCUUUUUGUGUAUUGCGUUGUUUGACGCUAAAAUAGGAGCAAAGAUUUCAGAGGAUUUCCACUGUGAUCUAAACGACGCGUCCACCGUGGAAAUGCUCCACGGCUUGGAUCUAAUUGAGAACGGUCAGGCAAAUGGGAAUGGUGUGGAUCAUCCGGAAGUGAAUAGCCGAGAGUUGGAAUAUACUUGUCCGAGAAAGGCAAUCUUCUCCAUAACAAAUCCCCACUCGGAGGUGUACCUGGUAGUUAGGAUAGAGAAAGUUUUACAAGGAAGCAUCAGUUCGUGUGUCGACCAAUACCUCAAGUCUGGUGACACCAAAAAGAUUGCACAAAAGGCACACAAGCUGGCUGAGGUAUGCUGCAAAAGUCUGGGCCAAUAUGGAAUGCCAUUUGCUUGGACAGCAAGGCCGUUGUUCAACAAUGAUGGGGAACUGGAAAUUGGGGAGUCAACGUCAAUCUACAAACAGGACAGAGAAAAACUCAGCGAUGAAGAAGUGAUAAAACUGUUGUCAAACUACAGUGUCACAAAGGAAAAAUUCAAGCAACAGGUUAUACCAGGAACGCUGCAUAUUUCUCUAAAGAAAUAUUUCGAAGGAAUACCAAACUCUCUAACGUCGUCACUGGUUCCCGUGAAGCCGUGGGAUGAUUCUCUAAACGUUCGUUCCACAGUUGAAGUGGAAGAAUUCUCACAAUCAUGUCCUGAAGCUGCACAUCCACACAUUUCCUACGUGAACAACUUUUACGUCUACCCUCUCGCUCUAAACUAUAGCAAUCAAAAAGUUUACUCCAAGGCAAGAAAUAUUUCUGUGAAGAUUGAAUUCAGAGAUUCUGAUGAUGAAAAUGCCAAACCUCUCAAGUGUAUAUACAAGAAGAAAGGAAGCCCUGGGUUCACUACGCAUGCUUUCGCUGCUGUUGUUCAUCACUGCACAACUCCCACAUUUUACGAAGAGGUGAAAAUAAAGCUUCCUACUCAACUUACAGAAAAGCAUCACGUAUUCUUCACAUUCCAACACAUUGCGUGCGAACAGACCAAGAGCAGCAGUGGUACAGGAUCAGUCAAGGGUAAACCUCAGCCCAUAGAGACACCAGUUGGAUAUGCAUGGAUGCCAGUACUACAUGGAUCGAUCAUUAAGACGGAAGAAAGUAAUCUGUUAGUUGGCCAAGUAGCUCCCAGCGGCUACCUCUCAGCCUACUUUGCCGGACUUAAGAGGGCAACUGGCCCCGAUCUAAAAUGGGUCGACAAAGAGAAACCGCUGUUCAAAGUUUCCACCCGGCUAGUUUCCACAAUCAACACUCUGGAUCUUGAGGUGGACAACUUUUUCCGUCAUUGUCAGAAAUUUGACGGAUCGCCAGCUAUGGAUAUUGAGAUGGUGAAAAUUCUUAAGCUGCUGAAUGCUGUUGCUGUUGGCACAGUGGCAAGAUUCCUGCCAGUUAUCUUCAAUCAGCUUUUUCAUAUUCUCGUUGUUACAGGAAACGAGGAUGUUUCUCUAAAUGUGGUCAGGGUGCUGAUUCGAAUCACGGCGCAACUCCACGGGGCGAACCGAUUAGAAGCUUUGAAAUCUUAUGUCAAGUAUGUAUUCGUCACAGACCAGCCUCCGGACAAUAAAAAUACGAUUCACGAACAACUCUCAAAAUACUUGAUGACGACUCUAAAGCCUGGCGCUGAUCCGGCGGUGGUCAAAGAUCUCAUGAAGUUGUCGUGGUUUUUCUUCGAGAUAAUCGUGAAAAGUAUGGCUCAGACUCUCGUGCAAUCAGACAAGUUGAAGAGAUUGAACCGUGAUAGCUGGUUUCCAGAGAGCUACAAUCGCUGUUUAGAGAAUUUCCUUCAAGCUUUUGUGCCCCAAAUCAUCAGCAGAUUAAAAGACCAUCCCCAAAUAGCAAAGGAAGCAAAUUUCCACUUGGCUUGUUUCACCAAGGACUGUUUCACGUACUUAGACCGUGGGUUUGUCUUUCAAAUGAUCAGUUAUUAUUCUGAACAGUUUAAAGACUCUGAUACACAGAUGCUUGAAUUUAAAUUCGAAUUUCUUCAAGUUGUUUGCAAUCACGAGCAUUACAUUCCGCUCAACCUACCAUUGGACGUCAGAAAUCUUGGCGGUGUUCAUGAGUGUGAGCUGACCGACGAUUACUGUAAGAGGUAUUUCCUUGUGGGACUUCUUCUACGAGAGGUCUCCUCUGCUCUCACACAGGGCCGACACAUCAGAAAACUUGCCAUUAGGGUGCUAAGAAACAUGCUCGUUAAACAUGAACUUGAUGACCGUUAUGAAGGAGAGCAAAAGCAAGCCCGUAUAUGCACGCUUUACCUUCCCCUCCUUUCGGUCCUUUUGGAUCACGCACCUCGUUUCCAUGGUAGCAAGUAUGAAUUGUCGAACCCAAUCCUCGCGCAGCAAAUGUCCCAGACCUCUUCGACGAUGACUGUUCCCGGCAGUGAAUUUGGUGCAGACUCAAAUCGCAGCUCGGCGGCGAUAAAGCAGAGUCCGAGUGAUUCACUCACUCAGCAGACAGCUGCUCCACUCAGAGAGGCGACUCAGAUCGCUCUGCAAGUGCGACUAGAUGAGGACGAGACAAAGGAACUCCUUCUAUGUGCUUUGUACAUCACCAAGAACUUAGAGCAAGGUGUGAUCCUGGACUGGUGGCGCCAGAUCUUGUCAUCUACCGUCAAACGUCCUCACUGGCACCCUACAGUUCUGUAUUUGGUGCAGCAGGACAAGAACUACUGCAAAUUCGCCGCCAUUAUCGAUGUAUUUGAUUUGCUCGAACUUGCUUUAAAGCACUUUCAGUACGUUGGAGAGGAUAAAAUAACUUCUUACAGCACGCAUAGUGAAAGCACCAAACAGUUCUUUGAGCAUAAGUACCAGGGUGGAUUCUCUAACCAAGGGAAGACACGACACUCUCGAGCAGCGAGCAGCGGAGGGUUAACUCUCGAUACUCGUGUGCUCAUGGAAGGAAAUCUUGCCAAUGAAGUUGGUCUUAUUGUGUUGGACACUAUUGAACUGUUUUGUGGUCAUUUUAAGUAUCACUUGGAGCAGGAUGAUGGAGAUAAUUUACUGAUGAAGAAGGUGUUUAACGUGCUGCUAAGCUUUUUACAGAUUCCUCAGUCUGAGUUCAUGAUGAAACACGUGUUUGCAAGUCUUAGAUCGUACAUCAACAAGUUUCCAGCUGCUUUGUACAAGGGAAGCGCUAGCUAUUGUGGCGAUCUUUGUCGUGAGAUUUUAAGCUGUUGUAACUCAAAAAUGGAAAGUCUUCGAAACCAGGCCUGUUCGUUUCUCUACCUGUUGAUGCGAAGUAAUUUUGAAUUCAGUGGAGGACAAGGUUGUGAUCGAGUCCACUGGCAGGUAAUCGUAGCGGUCUCCAAGUUGAUGGCGAUCGGGUUAAACCGUUCAGCUGUAAACAACUCUCUUCUGGCGCUAAAGAAUUAUGCUGUAGAAGACAAAGGAAUGAAGCAUACGGCUUUUCCCGCUGAGGUGAAAGAUCUAACGAAGAAGAUUCACACCGUUUUGCAGGCGACUGCACAAAUGAAGGAACACGAUGACAUCCCAGAAGUCCUUGUUGACCUUCAAUACAGUUUGGCCAAGUCUUACUCCAGCACGCCAGAAUUGAGAGAGACCUGGUUAGAGCACAUGGCAGGCGUGCAUGAGAGUCAUGAAAAUUACUCAGAGACUGCCCACUGUUACAUUCACGCAGCAGCGCUGGUCGCUGAAUAUUUAAAACGACAAGGUGUUUAUCGCGAAGGUUGCGCGGCGUUUUCCAACGUGUCACCCAAUGUGGUAGCGGACGAAAGUGUAAUGAAAACUGACGAAGGGAUGACUAAGGAGCAGAAGUACACAAAGCGGCACUUGGUGGAUUUGUUGGAGCAAUGUGCGAAAUUUCUUGAACGCGCAGAAAGAUAUGAAGUCAUGGGCGAGGUGUUCAAAUUGGCAAUACCAAUAUACGAGCAGGAGAGAGACUUCCUGAGGCUUUCCAAUGCUUACGACAGCUUAGCUAAAGCGUACAAGAAGGUAGUGGAAGUAAUGAAAUCCGGCCGAAGGCUUCUUGGAAAAUACUUCAGAGUUGCUUUCUUCGGACAGAUGUUCGGCGACGACGAUGGCAAGGAAUUCAUUUAUAAAGAACCUAAAAUCACAGGGUUAGCGGAGAUUUCUCAACGAUUGGAAGCCAUGUACUCUAGAAAACACGGCAGAGACAGUGUUAAACUCAUCAUGGAGUCUGCAAAGGUUCAUCGUGAAACGUUAGAUUCAAAACUGGGCCACAUUCAGAUUACCUAUGUGCAGCCCUAUUUUGAUGACGAAGAACUUGAACUAAGGCCGACCAUAUUUGAACGAAACAAUAACAUCAGACGGUUUAUAUACGAGACGCCGUUUACGGUCAGCGGUAAAGCUCACGGAAACCUUAAAGAGCAGUGCAAGAGGAAGACCAUCUUAACAACGUCCAAUACUUUUCCUUAUGUGAAGAAGCGAAUCCUUGUUGUUCAAGAGGAACAGUAUGAACUGACUCCAGUUGAGGUGGCGUUCGAUGAGAUGCAAAACAAAGUUAAAGAACUCAAUAACGUGAUUGCACAGAAUCCUCCGGACAUGAAGAAACUUCAGCUAGUCUUACAAGGCAGUAUUAGUGUUCAGGUGAAUGCAGGUCCCCUGGCGUACGCUCAUGCCUUUCUUGACAAGUCUGUUUUGGCCUCACAUCCUCAUAAACACAUUGAGAUGCUUCAGCAAGUUUACAGGGAGUUUAUCGGUUGUUGUGGAAAAGCUUUGGAACAAAAUGAUCAGUUGAUCAAGGAAGAUCAACGAAUGUAUCAAGAAGACAUGAAAGAAAAGUACGCUCAGCUGAGGACACAGUUGGCCAAGUAUAUUGGAGAUGAGGUGAUCACAACAGUAACCUCGUCCAGCAGCUUGUCUUCACUUGGAUGAGAGGUGGGCCAAUGAGACUGAGAAGCAAUUCAUGUUACGUGAACACGUUGGCUUGGUCGACUUAAUAGCGGAGAAGGAUGCAUUUCCGGGUUGUAGAAGAAACCACAUUAGUAUCACGCUCCUCGCAAAUGUUUGAUGUCGUUCAUUUGAACCGUUUUGCUGCGGUUAUAAAUUAUUUAUGUUACGCCUUAAGAUUCCACAAAAUAGGGAUUUAGAAGAAACUUGAUUUGAAAAGUUAUAUUUGAUUGAUAGUCAAGAGAGUUGUUGAAAGAAAUUACUUGAAAAUUAAAGUAGGAAAAACUCUUUUUAUAAUUUCACCCUAAGAACUGAAAAGGUAAAUAGUGUUUGUGAAAAGGAAAGAUAGUUCAUUACUUUAGUGGAAGCUUAAGUCUUUACAGCGAGGCACGGCAAGAAAUUCACAAGUGAAGAAAAAAAAAUUCGAAUUGUUUGCCAUUAAAAUAUUCUGGUUUCAUUACCAAAAUUUUGUGGACCCUAUAGUUAAGCUCGUUCGUUUCCAAUGAGUUCUGCUACAGGAAGUAUCAUAAUGUUAACCAUAGUUUUAAGAACAAA